AUGGGGAGGCGCUCCUGCUGCCGGAGGCGCUUACAGGUGGCGGCAAGGCUGGGCGCUGCGCUCCUGCUCCUGUGCGCGCUCCUGUUCCUGCAUCCUGCAUUUGAAAACCAAGUCCUGGGCUCCAGCUGGUUUGCAGGAGUGAGGAAGAGUCCCCUACAGCUGUUGCAUGACCUGGACCAGGGUCGACCCUCCUCGAUGGCAAAGGUGCACCAGCAGCGGCGCGAGCUGCUACAGCAGGCCUGCAGCCGCCACACACGACGCCAGCGCCUGCUGCAGCCGGAGGACCUGCGGCACGUGCUGGUGGACGACGCACACGGGCUGCUGUACUGCUACGUGCCCAAGGUGGCCUGCACCAACUGGAAGCGCGUGCUGCUGGCGCUGCGCGGCCGCGGGGACCCGGGCUCAAUCCCUGCGCACGAGGCGCAUGCGCCUGGCCUGCUGCCCUCGCUGGCCGACUUUGCGCCGGCCGAGGUCAACCGGAGGCUGCGGGACUACCUGGCCUUCCUCUUCGUGCGCGAGCCCUUCGAGCGCCUGGCCUCGGCCUACCGCAACAAGCUGGCGCGGCCACACAGCGCGGCCUUCCAGCGGCGCUACGGCACGCGCAUCGUGCGCCGCCUCCGACCGCACGCGCAGCCGGACGCGCUGGCCCGCGGCCACGACGUGCGCUUCGCCGAGUUCCUGGCUUACCUGCUCGACCCGCGCACGCGCCGCCACGAGCCCUUCAAUGAACACUGGGAGCGCGCGCACGCGCUGUGCCACCCCUGCCUAGUGCGCUAUGACGUGGUUGGCAAGCUCGAGACGCUGGCGGAUGACGCGGCCUUUGUGCUAGACCUGGUGGGCGAGCCCGGACUGCGCUUCCCGGCCCCACCGCGGAGGUCAGAGAAGGACCCCACGCGUGACCAGGCCCGGCGCCUCUUCCAGGACAUCAGCCCCUUCUACCAGCGCCGCCUCUUUGACCUCUAUAAGAUGGACUUUCUGCUCUUCAACUACUCCGCCCCCUCCUACCUGCGGCUGCAGUAGGGGCGGUGGGUGUUGAGAAGGACCUGUGACUGCUGUGACCAAGGGGCCGCCAGGAGGUCUGGAAUGAACCUGGUACUGUGGAUUGGAGAACCAUUGGCAUACCUUACUUACUGGGCCUGACAAAGAUCCUGGGCACAGGCCACACUCACACCGACUGGGUUGGGCACAGUUUGCCUCAGGCGACUGUUCUGGCCUUUGUGCCUUUGGUUUGAUGUGUGUGUCUUUUUCCUGCUGCAGGUGGUGGCUUCUCUCCAGGACCCAGUUUGUUUCUUUUUUCUUUUCUUUUCUUUUCUUUUUUUUGGUGUUGUUUUGGUUUUGAGAGGUCAUUUUCGGUCAUGUCUACGCAGAGCCUGUCCAUGGUGCUUGCUACAAGACAGAAUGCCAGGGUUUGGUUCAUUGUGGCCAGCCUCGGGAGGUUUGGUUAUCCCUGCCCACAGGCACUGCUUAGGCAUCACCGUGAACUGUCUGCUGCCUUGGCAGUCACUGGAUGGUAGGGCAGUGCCAUUCUACCUCUACCUGGCUGGUCCAUGUUUGAUCUCGUUGCAAGAUUUUGGGGUCUUCCCCUGUGUCAUCAGAGACCAGGUGGCAG